AUGUUUAAAUCGAUUUGUUUAUUCGCUCUCUUGGCUGUUGCCUUUGCUGAACCUGCCCCCAAAGCAGGUCUCAUUGACUCAGCUCCAGCAGUAGCAACAGUUGUACCACAUACUGCAGCUUAUGUUGCUCCAUACUCUGGUCUAUAUGCUUCUGCCUACGCUAGACCCUAUGCCAAUGCCUACGCUGGACCUUAUGCCAGUGCCUACUCCGCACCACUUAACUAUGGAUACAACUCCAUCUACAACCACCCCUACAAUGCUGUUCACAGUUAUGCUCCUUAUGCUAACUACUAUAACUCCAUGUACAGAUCUGCCUUCGACUACCCUCACAUUACUUCCACCUAUGCUGCACAUCCAUUCAAUUAUGUAUAUCAGAAAUCUAGUUGA